AUGUCGGCUCGAAUCUAUUUUGAUAAUGACGAUGGAGAAUAUCACUCGUUUGUCGACGACGCGGACCCAGAGAACGAUUACGAUGAUCACUACAAUCCAAAUAAACAUCCCAAUGCCUACAUGGAACGCAUGCAGGCCGUGCCCUUUCAUGGAGAAACCACAUAUCAAGAUGCAUAUCCAUGGAAAGAACCGCAAAUACCAAAAAGAAGACGCUCAGCCUCUGGCCGUGACCUGCCACCAUUCUACGAUGACACCACAAACAAAGUUGACUACAUUCCCAAAGUCCCAAAAGCAACGAAAACAUUCAAACCAAAAUACGAGGGACUGAGCAACGAGAUCCCGUUUCACGGCCAAACAUCCCACAAAGUCGACUACGUCCCCCGACAAGCACAACGACAAAAAGCUAUCAAAAAAGAAAGCAAUCUUGGCCCAUCAAAUGCAGAUUUUCACGGGAAAACUCUACAUCAACUCGACUACGAUGGACGCAAGGGGGAAAGAGCGAAGCCAACCCGAGUCCAGUCUGAGCCACUUUUUCCCAAAACGAAUACGAUCGAUUCUACCACACAUAAAGCGUCGUAUGUUCGACUGAAGAACGAGAACUGCCCGGCGGAGGCGAUUUUGAACAAAGCGAGGGGGUGGGUUGUUAAA